AUGACCGGACAGACGCUCUGGAUCGACGCUGUAUGCCCCACGUUCCCCGCCCACCUCCGCGAGCGCUUCACGUUGCCGCUGCUCGGGCACCCCGCGGCGCCCUCGCUCGCUUCGCCCGACGCGUGCGCGGCGCAGGCGCUCAUCGCGAGGCUGCAAGGCUUUGGCCGGCGCGACGCCGCAGGGCCGGCAACCGCGGUCGCGUACCCGGCGGACCCGCACAAGAGCGGCACUGGGCUCGGUAGUCGGUGGCACGCGCUGCUGCAGGCUCUCGAGUGGGCGGCUCUGCAGCGCGAUAGCCGCGUCGUCCUGUCUGAGGUCGGGGAGAAGGGCGUGCCCUACCUGGCGCGGCGAGGCUGCGCCGUCUCCUCCGAACGCUGCUUCUUCCAGGACCUCGACACCUGCGACUCCUUCGCCGCGUGCUCGGCCACGCGGGUCGUCGGCACCGUCGGCUGGGGUUUCCCUCAGAACGUGACGCGGCAGCGCAUGGGCGCGUGGUGGAAGGUGUGGCAGUCGGCGACGGUCUGGGAGGCGCCUGUGCCGCCCGUCUUCAAGGGCCGCCGCAGCCUGCUGUGGUGGCAGUCGCAGCUCGCCCUCUUUGCGCUACAGCCAGCGCCCUUUACGCUGGCCAUGCUCGACGCCGAGUGGGUGCGGGGGCGCGGCCGGACGGGCAACAAGCCGGCGAGGAGGCGGCGCUACCGGAGCUGGGAAGAGCUCCACCCGUACGUCAGCAUGCACGUGCGGUGGGGCGACAAGUGCUGGAAGGAGGCGACCUGCCGCAGCGCGCGGGACUACGCGAAGGCGGCCGAAUCGCUGCGGAGGCAGUUUGGCGUCUCUCGCCUCGCGCUGUCGUCCGAGGACCCCGAGGCGAUCAGCCUGAUCCCCGAGGUGCUGGGCGACGACUGGGAGGUCUACUGGAGUGCGGGCAAGCGGUUCGGCCAGGGCCUCAAGGCAAACCUGCCCGCCUUCGACGCGGGGAAGGCUGCGGCGGACCUCGCGGCGCACAGCAAGCCGCAGAGCAGCCUGCGGUGGCCUGGGGAGUCCCCGCGGCUGCAGGCGCAGCCGCCCGGCGAGUUAGGCGAGGCGGAGGCUGGCCCGAGCGAGGCGACCAGGCAGCUCGCCGCGCUCAACGUCUCGUCGCAGUCGGUCGUCAACCUGCUCGUCUCCGCCGCAGCGGACUACAUCGUGUGCACCGCCUCGUCCAACUGGUGCCGCGUCGUCGUCAAGCUGGGGUGCGCGCUGCAGGGGCGCUGCCCACGCGCCGUCUUCAUGGACGAGUGGGAGUGGGACUUCACCAUGCAGGGCAGGACGGCGAUGCGGGAGCCGAGCUUUCGCUCGUUCUCGCAGAUCCAGCUGAGGGGGGGCGAUCCGGAUCUCUUCUUUCGCGAUCCGUGGUGA